AGAACCACCGGACUUUCCAAGUGCGCAUGCGCAACAUAUUUUUCACUGCAGAUUCUCCAAUCGCGAAAAGCUUUUCUUCUGCUGAGUGAGUGUAACUUUAUGGCCAAAUACAUGAGGCCCCCAAACACAUCUUUGUUCGUCAGAAACAUCUCCGAUGAGUCCAGGCCUGAGGAUUUGCGGCGUGAGUUUGGCCGCUAUGGGCCGAUAGUGGAUGUCUACAUCCCACUUGACUUCUAUACACGUCGAUCAAGAGGAUUUGCAUACAUUCAAUUUGAAGAUGUGCGUGAUGCAGAAGAUGCUCUUCACAGCCUGGACAGGAAGUGGGUUUGUGGCCGGCAGAUUGAAAUCCAGUUUGCCCAGGGUGACCGAAAGACCCCAAAUCAGAUGAAGACGAAGGAGCAUUCUCCGGGCAGAUCCUCCCGGCACGACGACCGAGACGGCAGACGCAGGCGCUCGCGCAGCCGCAGUUACGACCGAUACCGAUCACGCAGCCCUUCUCACGAUCGCCACCGCAGGCGCUCCGAGAGUCCUCGCGAGUCUCGUGGACGAGUGUAUGGGGGAAGAAGCAGGAGCCGCGAGGAGGACAGAUACAGGCCGAGGCCUCGCAGGGAGUCCAGAGGGAGAUCUCGAUCCAAAUCGGCGUCCCCGCGGGAAGCCGUCAACCCGCCGUCGACUUCUCAUUACGCCGAGGAGGAGGUGCGGCGGACGCACUCCCCGUCCCGCUCCAGGUCCCGCUCGGCGUCCAGGUCCCGCUCUCGCUCCCGUUCCUGGGCCGGGCACAAGUCCGGAGGUCGCUAGAAAAGUAGCCGCCCCUCCUGUCCGUCGUCAUGUCAGAUAGACCACAGCUGGUGCGUCUGUCAGGAAGUGUUUGUUUUGACAUGAAUGUAACGUCCACUGAAGCAUUUCUAGAAAGCUUGUUUUUGCGGCUCCAUUUUAAGAACAAUGCUGGUCCUUUGCUUAGUUUUAUAAAAACGUAUUGUUGAGAUUUCCCAAUUUUAGAAAUAUGAAUCAGUCAGCUUCUGUGUUCACUGGUAGUCGGCCAGGAAUGUUUUUUUUUUUUUUUUUAUAUAUAUAUAUAUACGGUUACUGAGGACUUUCUUUUCUAAACCCUAUGCACCCUUUUUUGCAAAAAAAGAACAUUCAGUAUUGUAAAAUGAAUCCAGUCUGUUAGCGAACCAAACCAGCGUUUUCUGUGUUUUAUGUCAAAUCCCAUUCUGUUUAAACUACCGCUGAACCAUGUCGACAUAUUUCAGGUCUAUCAGCCACUGCUGUUCCUUUUUUAGUUUGUUUAUAGGAAAACAAAUAUUCCAAAACUCUUCACGUCACAUUGAACACCGUUAAAGUAUUUAGAGUGCACUGCUUUACCGGUUAACUAAACACAGCUGAAGAAAUGCAGACCUGAAAUUCCAGCUUCACGUCACUGCGAGAUCGUGGGGCGAUGGCUGAGUGGAAGAAAAGCACGACGGCCGUAACGAUGUGGUCGGUGUUGGAAGGAGGAACGCACCGGAACCCGUCUGUGUAACAACAUGUGACUUUAACCACCAACCGCUAGAAAAUGUUCAAUCUUAUUUUUCUUUCCUUUGUGGUGGUUUCUGUCUGAUUACAACCUGUUUUGUUUUGUUUUAUUUCUGGAACCUUUUUCUUGAUUUCAGUUGUGAGGAGCUACGAAGCGCUCUGGUUGGUGUUUGCACAACUGCGUUUCUGUUUUUACUGAAUGAAUCUCGUCACUGCAUGUUUUAUUCUCCUGAUCUUCUAUCUUUGGUAGAAAGAGAAUGCUUUUUUUGAGAAAUAAAUGGAUAACAUUGAGUAAAA